AUGAAGGACCUCAAAACACCCCAGGCCCCCAAGAAGACCCAACAGACCCCCAUGAAGGACCUCAAAACACCCCAGGCCCCCAAGAAGACCCAACAGACCCCCAUGAAGGCCCUCAAAACACCCCAGGCCCCCAAGAAUGAAGGCCCUCAAAACACCUCAGGCCCCCAAGAUGACCCCUCAGGACCUCAUGAAGAGCCUCAAGACCCCUUUCCUGCACCACAACUUAUGAAAGAUUGGAAGGAAGACGCCGUACCAGAGGCUUUACCGUGGGAGGAGAAGUAUUCUGCUUGUCAUGUUCUGACUGUUGGACGCAAAAUUUUAUUCCCAGGGACUACUCAUUACUAA